AUGAAAUUGUUAAAUAAGAAGAACUUGCAGCUUAAUGUUUAAGGCUUAGGAUAUAAUUUGAUGUCUAGUUAAAGUGGAAAUAUAUUAUCUCAAUCUCAAAUGAUUAAGAUGCAAUAGACAUCUCACACCGCCAGUUAGUAGCCAAGUUUAACAGCAUCUGCACCUUUACUACAAGGUUAGCAGCCAUCUAUCCUUUAACAAAAGCUAUGCUUCAAAGAUAAGAUGACUAAGAUCAUUGAAGGCAUAUAUGUUGGAAAUUAUUUGAGUGCAAUGGAUUAAAAAAAUUUGAUCAAAGAAAACAUCACUCACAUUAUAAAUUGUUCCCCAAGUGACUGUCCUAACCUCUUUGAAAAGGAUUUUACUUACUUAAAUAUAAAUAUCCAAGAUAACUGGAAGACUAAUCUAUUUUUAGUUAUUUACAUCAUACUUGACUUCCUCAGAAAUGCCUUACAACAAAAUGGGCGUGUGCUCAUCCACUGCAACCAAGGAAUCAGCCGUUCUCCUUCUAUAGUUAUAGCUUACCUUAUUUACACUGAGAAGAUCAAUGCAAAUAUUGCUUUAGAAAAACUCAAGAAAAAAUACCCAUAUGCUGAUCCUAAUUUGGAUUUCUAAAUCUAACUCAAUGAGAUGUACAAGGAAGUUGUUGAAGAUGAAGCACUUUAGCGGUCUCGAUAGUCUAGCAACAACUUUACGUGUAAGACUGAUGUUUAAGCAAAUUAAAUUCACAAUACUCAAUCCUAAUAGAUUUAUUCCACUUAAAGCGUUAAUAUGAUUACUGAAUAGAAAAAAUCUAAGUAAUUGGUUAAUAGCUCUUCUCAUAUUACUAUUAGCACUCCUGACUUGCCUCAAUAGAAGCUAAAUUAUGACUCUUACAUGCUAAAAUAAGGAAAACCCUCUCAAAGCAGUGCUGUUAACUCUAAUUUGCAAUAAAAUUAAAUUAACAGUUAAAACGGCUUAUACCAAAAUCAAGGCGUUAAGAUAUAGAUUAAUACUAUAAACUCUCUCUAAAGCAACACUUCUAGUAUUGAAAUGAAAAAUGAGAAAAGAGAAAACUCUUUGUUAAAUUAAAGCUAAAACCUUUUACCACUUUAAUAAACUUGCAUUCCUCCUAAAAAUUCUCCUGAACAAUUCUUCUUAAGACCUGACUUGAAAAAUCAGCAAAACUUUACUUUGGAGUAGAAACAAUAAAUUCUUUUCAAGCGCGUACAUUCAUAGAAUACAUAAAAUACUGAUGAAUCUGAUACAGACUCUCCAAAAAAUAUCAAAAGAAAUAACAACAUCGAGAAUAAGUAUUACUUGACUCAGAAAAUAUAAAAAAGCAGCAAAGAUAUAACUAACGAGAUAAACAACUCUAUAAACAGUCUAGAAAAAAAAGAUCAGUUGAAUUUUUAGUAAGAGAUAACAGUAGAGAUUGAAGGCAUAAGCAGUCCUCAAAUCUCUGCAAAGUAAGCACUUCAAAUGUCAAUGCAUUCUUAGUAAGAAAACAACUGCGAUGAAAAUACAGAAAUACUAGUUAAAUCCCCUAGCCCAAUAAAAAAAAAUAACGAUAAAAUCAAUCAAGGAAUCAGUAUAGGGUAUGAAGACAAGGACGAAGACUUAAAAAAUAAGCUGUCUGAUUCUGAUAUUGAUCCGCUCGAUUCGACUGACAUUCAAGACUUUAAUACUGAUACAAGUGCAUCUUUUUCGUUUGAUGUAUCAUCCAGUUUUAAUAAUACCAAACAUUUUAAGACUCAUAAUUUAUCAUCUAACAGUUCUACAAAUUAGAGUAGUAGUACUUAAAAUUCUUAAAUAUCUCACGCAAAAUAUAAUGAUAAGCAUGAAUCUUCUAUCAGUCUAGCUUGCUCAGCUGUAUCAUCUUGA